UAUGGAUUAAGUGGAGAUGAUUUAUGAAGAAGAACAAUCUCCUCUACAUAUUAAACGAGAACUAGACAUAAAUAUACCUUAUAGAGUAUCAUUUCCAUCUUGCAAUAAUUAAUAACAGAAAGAUACUCCUAAAACUGCUAUAAGAAACAUUGAACAUCUAGAAUCUGAAGACUAAGGCAUUCCUACAGAAACCACUCCUAAAACAUAAAUAGAUGUUUCAUCCCCAAGAGUGCCUUUCUUAACGCAUUCUUAGAUUAUGGGUAUGAAUCAAGAUGAUGAUGAUAUGCAUUACUCCAAGUCAGUGUUUUAAAAUCCACUUUCUGAAAUACCAGAAGAAUAAACACCUAGUCAAUUAUAAAAUGUAAUCUAAAUAUAUACUCUAAUAAGCCAUCCAAACCUUUGAGUUAAGAUUUCAAUUUAGAUAAUAUGAGUAUGGUCAAUAGUUAACAACUUAAGUUUAGUAAAAAAUCGAUUGAUAAAGACAUGAUUGCUCGUCUUGAGCUAGAAAACAGUAAGUAAAAAGAAGAAGUAAAACUUAUUAAUAUUAUAAGUAUAAAGAAUAAAUUGUUAUAAUGGAUGCUAAAAUUAAAGAGUUGGAAAAAGAGAAUUUUAUUCUCAAAAAAAAAUGUAAUCAAGAAAAAGUUAAACAAAUUGAACUUUAACUUGAAACUGAAUAUAAAAUUACAACCUUGAAUGAAUAAUUGUAUGACUAAGAAGAAUUUUAUAAGAAAUAGAUUCUUUCAUAUAAGAAUGAUCUAAAUAAUGCCAAAUUCUAAAUCACUAUGCUAAAAUAAUAGUCAUCUUAAGAUCAAUUAUAACCAUAAUAGUAAUUAUCCAAAUCUCAAAUAACAUUAUAAUAACCAUACAUCAAUUAAUAACAAUCGAUUAAGUUACCUUAUCAUGUAUCAUUAUCUUAAUCUUUCACUGAAAUGAAUGCAAAAAAUUAAAAAGACUUGUAUUUGACUCAAACAUAAUAUGAGAGUGUUCAUUUAAAAAUUGUACAAAUUUUACGCCUUAUUGAUCAAUCCAUUGAUUUUAAUAAAAAAGACUUAUUUGAUUUGAUUCAACUCUUGCAAAACAAAAUCAAAAUGAUUCUCAAUAUGGAUGAAGAAGAAAAAAUAGAUGAACAUCGAACUUUAAUAUCCUACAUGAAGUCUGAAUUAGGAGAAAUCAAAUUACUCAGAGGAUAAUUAUCCAAAAUUUAUCUUGAUUAUGAAUAAUUUAUAAAUAGAAAACAAAUUGAUUCUUCAGUAGAUUAAAAAAUAAAUGAACUAAAUUUAUAAAUUUUAGGAUUCAAAUAAGAAAAACUAGAAUUGAAUGAAUUAACAAUUAUAUUAUAAAAUCAAUUGGCUUCAAAAGAUUAAAUUAUUAAUGAAUUAUAAUCUAAACUAAGUAAUUUCAUAUAUUUUAACUAGAUAAUUUAUCAUAAACUGAUACACUUAGAAAACAAUCACAAUUUGUACGUUCUUUGCAAACAAAUUCUAUGGUAGAUUUAAAAAUUAUUAAAGAAUCCCUUAAAUAAAGAUAAGAAGGAAUCAAGUAAUUAAUUUUAUAUUAAUAUUAGAAAGUCAUUGAAAUCCUAAAAUUCUCCUCAAAGUAGAUCGCAUAAUCCAUCCCCAACUUUAAAAUUUUUAAAUUCCCCAAAGUAAUUAUAAACUUUUAUUAAGAAAUUCACAUAAUGGUUCUAAUGUUUAGAAAAAAUAAUUAUAAUAGGAUACUAAACAGCAAUUUUAUAAUAAAACAUCUGAAUUUAGGUAAUUAAUUAUUUAAUAUUAAUAGUUUAGACAAUAGCUCUUCACAUAAUGCCAUUAAUCACAAUAAUAAUAGUGCUCAUCAAAAUAGUGAUAUUAUCUAAAAACUUGUUGAACAAUUUAAGGGAAACUCUGCUUUAGCUUAAAGAAUUUCAAGUUAUUCGAAAAAAAAUUGA